AUGUCGAACUCUGCCGGGGAAGACGUUGUAGGAGCGUGUUGCGGGUUAUGCUGCAUAUGCUGCGGUGAAGGCUUCACCUCAUGGCUGCAGCUCACACGAUGCUGCCCGGGGAGCAGCACACAGGCAGGCUGCUGCGGGCCCUGCUGUAAGGGCUCGUUCGACUCUGAGGACGACUGGGUCGAGAAGGAGCGCGCACGGCGACAGCGGGAGGGGCAGCCGGCUGCGGCUGCGGAUCCAGACGUGGUGAGCGCGCAGCCGGCACCGAGGGCGUCGAUGGAAGCGCGGCAGCCAGAGGCGGUCCCGCAGGAGAGCGCGGCCGAGGUGGUAGUGGUGCGGAGGGCGCGAAGGUGGGAUGAGGCGUGCGGGAUAUCGGGACCCAGGCCAGCCGUGGUGGUUCAUCCGUUUGGUGAGUUCGCCGGUUACGUCGAGCUGAAGUGUCGAGCUGAAGUGUGUACUGAAUAUGCCGACAGGACAUGUUCUUUCAUGGAUUGCUCAGUGCUCUGCCUCGACCUACAUGGCAGCACAGUAGCUUACGUCCUCAGGCGACUCGACACCAGCUCGACGCUCUACGACACAGGCGUCACCAUGCAGUUGACCUGA